AUGCCGUCGAGCUCGGGCACCCUCGACCUAGGGUCUUCGGAAAAGAAGAACGCCUCCAUCAACGGGCUCUACGCCCGCCGCGCGGCGGACCACGACGGCCACGGCGCCUACGAGAAGGUCGGCGCCGACGCCGCGGUCCGGCCCAGGUUUUUGUAUUUCUGGCGCGAGAAGUCCCGCUGGAAGAUCGACAACAAGAUCCCCAGCGAGAAGAGCGGCUUCGCGUACCUGAAGGUCGCGGGCGUGGCCUCCCCCGCGAACGCCGGGCCGGAUUGCCAGUGGCACGUGUGCGACGACAAGGGCGAGGGCUACAGCAAGGACCCCGGCGUGCGGUGCCUGGAGGUCGCGCCGAGGCCCGGGGCUAGCGCCGGGGAGGCGCGGCCCGCCCCGCCGGCGUCGCAGGACGUGUCCAGCUCCGACGACUCCAGCAGCGACGACGGCGGGGACCAGACCUCCGGCGACGACGAGUCCAGCUCCGCGAGCGGCUCGGAGCAGCCCGCCCAGAAGGGAGCCACCGCUCUGGCAGCGGGCAGGCAGCCAGGCGGUGCCGUGCGGCGGCGGGCGUGCGCGAAGAUGCUGGUGCGCUCCGGCCUGCGAUGCGUCUGCCACUUCCGGCCGGUCAGAGAUUGCCCAGGCCGACCGACGGGGCCGUGACGCGGCGGCCGGCGCCCGUUGCCUCCUCCCUCCUCUUGCUCCCUCCUCCCUCCCUCUCCUCCUCCUCCUCCUCAUGCAGCUGUUUACGCCACUUCUGUGCCUCUGCUCCAUCCACCAUCUCCAUGCCCGCCGACUGUUCACUCCCGGGGCGCAGUGAGGGCGACGCGCGCGAAGUAGGGGGCGCGCGUCGGGAGGAGGGGCGACCCGCGCGUAUCCGUAAUGCAGUGCCUUGUGCAUGGCCGCGCCGCGCGGUCGAACUUCAGACACCAUUGGGGACGUACCUGCCGCUCUGCAGAAA